AUGAAAGCCAGUGAUUUUGAUGAUGUCUCCAAAGAGAUUCUUGUGACGGCGCCAUUUCCCGAUAACCUUGCUGUCGAGACAAAAUUGGCAAAAGCAGCCUGGCAUGAGGCGUGUCAAAUCAAAGGCAUCAAUGUCAAACUGAUGCCUUUGGUGGUCAAAAUGUUCUUGACCCGCACAUCACAAGUGCAUGGGGAACUUAAAACGAAAAUGCGAUCACUGACUGGGUCUUUUUUCGGUUUCCGGACAAGCAAUUCCAAUGAUGUGAUAAGACAGAAUAGAGAUCUAGCAGAGUCUUUGAAAGACGGUUCUGUGUUUGCUUUCAAGGAUUGGGCGUCGAAGAAGGGAAUCUACAAGACCGAAUUACUGCAACUGGGUAUCAACGUCAUGUGGUUUGCAAAUCAUCACGACGAAGGCGUCAUAUACCAUAAAUACUUUAAUCCUAUGCCCGUCGAAGUUAUCGCUCUUGUGCUUACAACUAUUGAAUGUUGUAUCGACAAAUGGUUACAACGUCUGAAGGAGGAUAUUAAAUUCACAUUGGCUACUUAUGGAACUGUCUACCAUGAUCAUUUCGGCUCAUUGCAGCACUUCAAUGAGCGCACGGCGCCUUAUAAACUCCUCGAAAGAAUUCGUAUCAAUCUGCACGACACGGCUCAUUUCCAUGCAGGUGUCGACACCCUCCCUACUAUGUCGUCAUCUGCAUCCCAGAUCAGUGACGAGGCAUUCGAAGAUGCCAUCCAAGAGUAUCGACUUGAGGAGCAGGAUGAUGCAGAGGCUAGCAAGUCAUAA